CGUAAUGAGGAAAUUGGAAGUGUCUACAUUUAUAAGUUUAGUAGAGUUGACCUUAGACGAUAUAACAUGUCCGCUUUAAAGCGACGUGUUUUAAGGUCAAAAAAGGGUUACUCUCGAUGGCCAGAAAGUUAUGUGGAAGUUGUAUUGCGUCUUUUACUCUCUUGA